AUGCAACUUAGAUCCUUCAGUAUGUACGGCAAAGGGAGAUGGUUGGUUGGGGUUCGUUCCUGUCUCGUGCAACCAUCACAGGUCUGCAUAUCAGCACAUGCGAGCCUCCAUACAGGACCAGAGACCCAGACAUCUUUGCAUGUACAAGCAACGGAGUGCAAUCCGAGCCUGCUCGGAUGCAAGUGUGUGAAUUGCUUUGGGUAUGUGUUGGCUUGCGGCGCCACUGUUGUCCCAUGUGUGGUCAAAUGGUCCAGGUUGGCUAGUUACAAUUGCACAAUGACAGUGGUCAACUUGGCCACACGACGAAUUGCCACAGGUGCAGUUGUAAUUGUCCGACAACGUGUUUAUGUGACUGCUUGGAGGGCAACCCUGGUUUCUGAAGGGGUUUCCCUCGAGAAGUCCCUUAUGGCCGGGGUGAGCUAUCUGGCAUGGCUUGAAAUUCAGAGCCUAGUCCUGAGAAGUUGGUUCCCAGUAAGUCGGGUUCAGCUGAAUUGUGCAUGA